GGCGUCCUAUUCCAACAACAACAACAACAACUCAAGUGAGCCAUUCACGGCUUCUAAGAAUGCCGCGAGGAAGACCGAGACAGUCUCAGAAUGGGACCAGAGCCACGCAGGAUGAUGACGACGGGCCGCUGUCGCAGUCACUCUCGCAGUCGCAGUCGCAGACCCAGCGGCGCUCUCAGCGGCGCCUGUCUCCGGUCGAGGAGGAGCGGCUGGCCGCCCGCGUGGUGCGCUACGUGCUGGCGGCGCACGGCCGCGGCGAGCCGCUGCGCCGAGAGAAGGUGCGCCGCCUGGCGCUGGAGCCGCAGCACGGCGGCUACGUGAACCAGGUGCUGCAGGCGGCCGACGUCAAACUGAGAGACGUGUUUGGUAUGUCGCUGGAGGUGUUGCCCAACAAGCGGGACCUGCUGCUAGUUAACCAGCUCCCCGUGGUGGAAAAUGCGCCGCCACUGCUCGCAGAGUCCGAGCUUCAGAAGCACGGCCUGCUCGUCGCCAUACUGGCGCUCAUCUUCAUGAGUGGGGACGCCGGCGUGGAUGAGGAUACGCUGUGGAGGUUCCUGUCAAAGCUGGGCGUCCACAAGGACCAUAAGCACGAGUGUUUCGGCAACGUGAGGAAACUGGUGACCGAGGAGUUUUGUCGCGCCGGCUACCUGCGUAAAGAGGAGGAGGUGGUGAAGGGUGUCACGGUGCUACGGUUCUUCUGGGGAGACGCCGCUUCUGUGGGUGUCGACGCCGUCGACCUGCUCAAGUUCGUCUGUACGAUCUGGGGUGACGAGGUGGAGCCAGAGCAGUGGCAGGAGCAGUAUGAGCGCGCGCUGCAGCUGCAGGAGGCCCGCGAGCAGCGCGAACAGGCUCGGCAGCAGCAGUGACGGCCCGCGGUCCGUGCCACGGGCGCCCCGCGGCUCAGAGUGUGAGAGGAGCCUGCAGUACAAACUGGUAAGCUGUGGAAGGUAACGCGGGUAGCGCCGCGAGGUGGAGAGUGUUCGACCCGGGACUUUGUGCUGGGAGCGCGGACGGUGCUUGAAGUUCGGAAUCAGUUGGCGAAGAGGUGCUUCAGACCUUCUGUCUAAGCCCAACGUCAUGAGAUUAUUGUGUGAGAUUUGAUACCGAGGUGGUUCUGAUGUACCGAUGACAGGCUUGUCAAAGUAGCGCCUCAUACUGAACAAUUACGUUGCAUUCGAUGUCAUUUUCAUAACUGCCACCCGACUAUCCCCGGGGUUUUCGCUUGUGCCUGGAUUUGUCCACCAUAUGGACCACACUCACUCAUCACAUGUUGCCCCGGCUGCGUCCGUGAUCAACGCACCCGAUUCGGACUUUCGGACGGAAAAGCCAUAGCUCGUCCGGGCGCUCUAGCGGCUUCGUCCUCGCUUGUACCUGAGCUUUCACGGCAUCGAGUGUCUGUGCACGGUGUGUUGAUUGUGCUUUGAUUGUUCGCGAAGAUACAACGUUGUUCCU